CGGCACUCGUACGGGUUAUUAUGAACUCCUCGGCUUCACGACAAAGUCGGUAUGACUCGGUGAGAAUAAUGCUCUCAGAAAGCAGCGCCGACUGGAGUAGCCAUUACCGAGAUGGUCAAAGGGAGCCUUUGCAGACGGCUGUGCGGCUUGGCGAUCUGGAAAUGUGUUCCCUCUUGAUUUCCCACGGCAAGGCAGAUCCACUUUCAGCUCUUCCCUAUGAUAGCGAACCUCAGGUAGGCCUGAAAGACAACUGUCCUGAGGACGAGGAGAAGGCGGUGGUGCAAAUCCUACAAUUGCUAUGUGAAUAUGCGGAUAGGGAAGUUAGCCAUCAGGGAAACGGAUCAAAAGUAGAAUUCAAGGCACUCGAAUAG